UGGCUGAUGAUGACUCACCGUUAAAGACAUUUAUCAGGAUAAACGCUGCAGAUUUGAAACCAGACCCGGGCAGUGCAACUGACAUCUCCGACACAAAUGAACAAGAAGACAAUUUGGAGCAAGGAAGUACUGAUAAAAACUCUGAAGUAGUUUAUAGCCGAGAAGAAAAGAAAGAAGAGAACAUUGAGAGGUCCAUUUCUCCAACUGAAGGCAAAGACGAACAGAAUACAGUUGAGACAAUGGCCAGUGUUCUCUCCUCAGAAGCACAAGAAAUGUUGAAGGAUGAAAUUUUCCAAAAAAUCUUGUCUGAAAAAGAAAAAUUCCCAACUGUAAGCUUGCUGGAUUUUGCUGGGCAGUUAGCAUAUUAUGCUUGUCACCAAAUUUACGUAACACCAAAGGCCUUCUUUAUUCUUGUGCUGGACAUGACUAAGAGGUUUGAAGAUGUUGUGGAUAAAGAGAAGGAUAACCAAGAAGGAUCAAUCUUUUCCGUUUGGACUUACAGAGAUUACUUGAAGUUUUGGAUUACCUCAAUCAAGACAUUUGGAGGCAAAAAGGCACCACUGUUUCUUGUUGCCACACACACAGAAACAAAAUCUACAGAU